CACAGCCACGCUAAGAUCAUUCCAGUCCAACGUAGGAAGAGCAGAUGCAUAUAUGGUCUCUUCAUCUCCUCGACCUAGCUAGCUGCUUCUGUUAACUACUGAGAGGAGUUAGCAAGCUAUAGCUAAUCAAGAGUGUGCUGGUUUUGUUCGAUUCUGCAGGUGUCCUGGGAGAGACGAUAGAUAUGAAGGUUGAUCCGAUGGGGAAACUGUUGUUCUUGCUUGCAUGGAUUACUCUCUUGCAAGGUUGCUGCAUGGUGAAAUCCUUUUCUUACGACUACUCAUCAAGCAUUGAGUGCUUGCCUGAGCCGCCGGAGCCCCAGUACGGCGGCGGCGUCGUCCGGAACGCCGACUUCAGCGCUGGCCUCCAUGGCUGGUCGGCCUUCGGGUACGGCAGCCUCGCCGAGGGCUCGUCGCCGGCGGGGAACAGGUACGCCGUGGCGACGAACCGGACGCGGCCGUACCAGAGCGUCAGCCAGAAGGUCCUCCUCCAGAACGACACGCACUACACCCUCUCAGCGUGGUUGCAGGUGAGCGACGGUGUCGCCGACGUGCGGGUGGUCGUCAAGGCCGCCGGCGACUUCAUCCACGCCGGCGGCGUCGCCGCCAAGUCCGGCUGCUGGUCCAUGCUCAAGGGCGGCCUCACCACCGUCUCCGGCGGCCGCGCCGAGAUCUACUUCGAGAGCAACGCGACGGCGGACAUAUGGGUGGACAGCGUGUCGCUGAAGCCGUUCACCAAGGAGGAGUGGAGCAACCACCGCGACGCGUCGGCGAGCACGGCGAGGAGGAAGACGGUGAGGCUCCAGGCGACGGACUCCGCCGGGAACCCGCUGCCGGGCGCCGCCGUGUCGCUGGAGAACGUCCGCAACGGCUUCCCCCUCGGCGCCGCCAUGAGCGGCGAGAUCCUGCGCAACCCGUCGUACCAGCGGUGGUUCGCGUCGCGGUUCACGGUGACCACGUUCGAGAACGAGAUGAAGUGGUACAGCACGGAGCCGGCGCCGGGGAGGGAGGACUACUCGGUGCCGGACGCGAUGCUGGAGUUCGCCAGGAGCCACGGCAUCGCGGUGCGCGGGCACAACGUGUUCUGGGACGACCCGAACCAGCAGCCGCGGUGGGUGCAGGGGCUCCCCUACCCGCAGCUGCUGGCGGCGGCGUCGCGGCGGAUCCGGUCGGUGGUGGCGAGGUACGCCGGGAAGCUCAUCGCGUGGGACGUGGUGAACGAGAACCUGCACUUCUCCUUCUUCGAGCGCCGCUUCGGGUGGGACGCUUCCACGGCGUUCUACGCGGCGGCGCGGAUGCUGGACACCGGGUCGACGCUCAUGUUCAUGAACGAGUACAACACGCUGGAGCAGCCGGGCGACAUGGCGGCGCUGCCGGCGAGGUACGUGCAGCGGCUGAAGCAGAUCAUCGGCGGGUACCCGCAGAACGGCGCCGGCAUGGCCAUCGGCCUCGAGGGCCACUUCACCGCGCCGGUCAACAUCCCCUACAUGCGCGCCGCCCUGGACACCCUCGCGCAGGCCGGCGUCCCCGUGUGGCUCACCGAGGUCGACGUCGGCGGCGGCGCGUCGCAGGCGUACUACCUGGAGGAGAUCCUCCGGGAGGCGUACGCGCACCCGGCGGUGCAGGGCGUCAUCCUGUGGGCGGCGUGGCGGCCGCAGGGCUGCUACGUCAUGUGCCUCACCGACAACGACUUCAACAACCUGCCGCAGGGCGACGUCGUCGACCGCCUCAUCACCGAGUGGAGCACGGCGCCGCGCGCCGGCACGACGGACGCCGAGGGCUUCUUCCAGGCCGAGCUCGCGCACGGCGAGUACAAGGUCACCGUCACCCACCCGUCGCUCAACACCUCCGUGUCGCAGAGCGUCAAGGUUGAAAUGGGAUCAGGGAGCCACUACUUCAUCCAGGUCUAAGCUCUAGCUCAUCACUCAUCAGCUAGACAGCUACCCGAUGAUUUCAUUCAGGGCUUUGGAAAUGAUCAUACUGGUCAUUCAUGCCCGUUAGCUGUAUCUCUUCAUAGUAUCAAGAUGCAUGUGUAGUCGAAAUUCUGCAGCUUAAAUAGCCUAAUAGUACCCAUAUUAGCCAUUCAUGAUUCAUGUACCAAUUUUACUCUGAAAAAUUGCAGCUGAAUUGAAAUGGAGCUACACAAAAGGGAAAAAUAUAGCCUAAUAGUACCCAUAUUAGCCAUUAUGCUAAACUUUUGGAGUCUCUUGUACUCAUUUCCAGUUAUUCUUUCUUUCUCGCUGAAGGAUUUCAGCAGGUUUGCUGUAGCUUGGACGGCCGAUCCUUUUCCCAUGGCCAUUAGCGUAUGAUUGUUUUUCUAUCGA